AUGGGCGACAAAAUGGAUAUGUCUCUGGACGACAUUAUCAAGCUGAACCGGAGCCAGCGGGGCGGCGGCGGCCGAGCGGGCGGCGGCCGAGGCCGCGGAAGGGGAGCUGCGGGUCGAGGCGGCGGAGCCGGGCGAGGCGGAGCUGGGCGGGCAGGCGGGGGCGGCCCCGUCCGGAACAGAGGCGCCCUGUCCCGGGGAGGCGGCAGGAACAGGCCUGCGCCGUACAGCCGGCCAAAGCAACUCCCUGAAAAGUGGCAACACGAUCUCUUCGAGAGUGGCUUCGGUGCUGGGGCUGGUGUCGAGACAGGCGGGAAGCUGCUUGUCUCCAAUCUGGAUUUUGGAGUAUCGGAUGCAGAUAUACAGGAGCUUUUUGCAGAAUUUGGGACAUUGAAGAAGGCAGCAGUGCACUAUGACCGUUCUGGGCGUAGUCUAGGUACAGCAGAUGUCCAUUUUGAGAGAAAGGCAGAUGCACUGAAGGCUAUGAAACAGUACAACGGAGUUCCCCUGGAUGGACGUCCUAUGAACAUCCAGCUGGUUACAUCACAGAUAGAUACACAGAGGAGACCAAUACAGAGUGUAAAUAGAGGCGGCAUGACCAGAAACCGUGGUGGUUCGGGUGGCUUUGGUGGUGGCAGCAGACGAGGCAGCCGUGGCAACAGGGGCAGAGGUAGAGGUGCUGGCAGGAGUUCCAAACAGCAGCUCUCUGCAGAAGAGUUGGAUGCACAGUUGGAUGCUUACAAUGCCAGGAUGGACACCAGUUAAAGCUGUUGGCGCAUCUUGUGCAUGGGAAGGACUGCAGACAUCUCAUUCCAUGUUCCCCAGUGGGAGAAGAAGGGUGGAUGGCGGCAGCGGCUACUAAUAUCAAGAAUGGAAUUUGUUUUACUUUUAUGUUCUGGAAUAGGUUUCAAACUCAUGUAAAGGUUUCUUUCUCUUUUUUUAAAAAUUCUGAGACAGAUCUGUUUUGUACCGAGUUAUUUUUGGGAAAAAUUUUACUGGUUGCCUGUUGGGCCAAGAUGGCUUUUUCACCUUGGCAGUAAUAAAAUAGAAAUGUGUCUAGAGCUGUAAAUGUCUGCUUCCUGUUGCAGCUGGAACCUAGUCUUGAGGCUGCAGAAGCCAAGGCAGGUAGAGGAGCCAGGUGUCUGGCAGCAGGCCCCUAGCAAAAGAGUUGGUGCUGAUUGCCCUUCCUAAGGGGAGGGAUUCUGUUAUCUCAGGUCUCUCUCCUCCACUCUGCCCCCGUAUGGGCUUGUAAACUGUAUUUUCCCCAUCUCCUGUGUGCUGACUCUUAUUCGUCUGUGCUAAAGCCAACCGGUGUGACUGCUUUCGCAAGGAGAGGAUGGUGGUCUCCAGUGAAAAUGCUCCACCCUUAGUGGUCAUGAGAGGGAGUAAAUUUCUUGUUAAAGUCGUUUUUGUAUUUAACACUUGAUUCCAAAGUUCAGUGCUGGUCCCACCUCAGUAUUUUUACUGUAAAAUAAGUUGCUGUGAAAACUCAGUGACUCCAACAUGCCAAGUAAAGAUUUAGUCUUUCAACUUGCAA